AGAACCGACACCAGUAAUUUGAGUGUUGUUUACUCGGGUCUUCUGCACUCAAUCACGAACGGAGAAAGAUAGCAGAACAUCGUCACAGCACGCUGUGAUUCUCUGUUUCUGUUAAUGUUUCCGUCCUUUAUGUUCCAUCUUUUCGUUUGACGUCUCCACUCAUAGACAUUUUAAUUCAAACCUGUUUAGAUGUGCCUAGGUGAAAGCUGUGUAAGUUUGUGCUCCGUCCAAUAUUUUAAUUAUUGUAAAAACGAAUCAAGUCAUUAUGUCCGAAAUUUGUAUGUAUAAUUACAGUGUAAUGUUGUUAGUCGUUCCAUCAGUCCAUGUCCAAACCUACUUGACCUAAAAACAACUUUUGAUUUUGCCCUGAAGAUGAGUGAAUAAACGCUCGAAACGUCGGCUUUAAUUAAAACAGUUGUUUUAUAAGCAACCCGAGGACCGAAAAUACGCCAGCAAUCGUUAUCAAAUUAUCAAAGACGGUCGUUAUUUUAUCAAUAUCAUCAAUGGCGUCAACCAACAGCAGUACUACAACUUUCUACAACAGUCUUCCACCAUCGCAACGCACACUAUUCAAACAGUACGCACAAACAGUCAAGAAGAUGUGCGCCCAAAAAUCGAGGAAAGAAUUCCUGCGGCAAUGUCGCCGGCAAGGUGUACGACCAGCGCACAUACAGAACACUUUUCGAUGCACUCACUCGCUGCUAGAGGAUGCCAGUCCGUACCGAGGCAAGCUGGAAAAAGCUAUGGAGCUCUUCACGCGCACAAUUCUCAACACCGAGAUAAAAGACAGCUUCUACAAAAUGCAGCGGCUGGAAAGAGACAAAGCUAGCCUCACUAGCCAAAUCACACAGGUAAGCCUACCGCACAUCUACAGUACUUUUUUCCAAAGCCAAGAAUCUUUCUCCAAAAAACAAGAUCGCCUUUCAAAGGUUAGAAUAGAGAGGAAGAUUCAACGGCUACUUGCAAGGGUUGAAGUUGAAAACACCGUCUCCUUCACCGAAAAUGAUGCUUGGAUACGGAACACCACUAACGUGGAGGUUCCCAACCACACAAAAAUUCUAUUAGGAUAUGGUCCCAAAUUCGCCUUGCCGUUUGAGAAUAAUCAAGAAAUACCUUAUUUCAAGAUUAUUGCGGAUUUGGAAUCUAUCCUCAAACUUGAGCCGGAUCCGAUUCUUCAAGCGGCCAACCGCAACCAGUUCACCAACAUCCUUCAAAAUUACGUGAACAAGAGGAAGAAUGGUUGUUUCAACACCACCUCCAACCGCGUUGAACACUUCAUGACCGAAGCGCUUAGCACUAGUAGAAAGUUUAUCCGUGAUCAUCCUGAUGUAUACAUCGUACCCGCUGACAAGGGCAAUAAAACUGUGAUCAUGCUAAAAAACGAAUAUGAAGAGAAGAUGGAUGCACUUGUCAGCGAUGCGAACACAUACGAGAGGAUCGAUACGGAUUGGACUAAUAAAAUACAAACACACAACAACAAGCUAGUGAAUAAGCUCUUCGACCAGAAGAUGAUCGAUCAACAAACCAGGUCGAAGUUGGUUUCCUACCACGCGACCUGUCCAAAAAUAUACGGGCUCCCUAAAAUACACAAACCGGACAGUCCACUCAGAGUCAUAUUAUCGUGCAUUAAUUGCCCGACAUAUGAUCUGUCCAAGUACCUUGCAGACAUACUACAUCGCUCGAUCGACCACAACAAAUACAAUGUGCAAAAUUCAUACGAAUUCUGCACAUUCAUAAACAAUAUCAACCUGCCUCCAGGCUAUGUAUUGGUCUCGUUCGAUGUAGUAAGCCUGUUUACGUGUAUUCCACGGGACGUUGCGAUAGAAGCGGUGCGAAAGAACUGGAGUAUGAUCGAGAAAAACACCACAAUAAAGAAUGUCGAAAUGUUCAUAGAACUAAUUAAAUUCAAUCUCUCCUCCAGUUAUUUCGUCCACCGUGGCAACUUCUACUGUCAAAAGUCGGGAACGGCAAUGGGUAACCCAUUGUCUCCGGCUCUUGCAGAUUUAGUGAUGGAAACAUUGCUAGAUCACGUGCUUGAAGGGAUUGAUAUUCCUAUUCCAUUUUUGAAAAAGUACGUCGACGAUUUGAUCACCGCUCUCCCAAUCGACAUGAUUGAACAUGUGAGAAAUGCGCUCAACGAGUUCAACUCACACAUUCAAUUCACGUGUGAAGUGGAAAAUAAUAAUCAGCUGCCGUACCUUGACAUGCUGCUUAUACGCACAGCGCAGCAAAAAAUCGUCACCGACUGGUACAAAAAACCUGUAGCAUCGGGGCGCAUUUUGAAUUAUUUUUCAUUUCACCCUCUCACACAAAAACUGAACACGGCCACUGGCUUUAUUGGGAGAGUGUUCAAGUUGUCGACGUGCAGAUCAGAAAAUGAGAAGAAAGAGUUGGUCCGGGAUUAUCUGCUAAACAACAACUACUCAAGUUCAUUGAUAAAUCGGUUGAUAAACCGAUAUAUCAACAAGAACACAAACACACAUGAGAGCAACAGCAGUACACAUCCCGAACCAAAAGUGUAUCGAUCUCUUCACCACGUAGAGAAGCUCACGCCGGCUCUCGCAAAAGUCAUCAAUAGAAACUUCCCCAACGUUCAACUGGGCUUCAAAUGCGUCAAAACAAACAGACUGUUGUUUUCGAAGCUCAAAGAUGCAACGCCGCAGUUGGAGAAGAGAAAUGUGAUUUACCGCAUUCCCUGCGCCGAUUGCGACUGCGCAUACAUUGGGCUGACUACGCAACAGUUGAAAAACCGUCUCUCUGGGCAUCGGUCUCUCAUUAACCGAUACACAGAUUUGAAAUCUUCCGACCCGAACAGAGCGACGGAGAGGGAGGAAGAAUUCAAAAAGACGGCGUUGAUGGUCCAUGUGAUUGAAAACGAACACCGAUUCGAUUUACCUGGUACUAAAAUUCUAGAACAGGACAAUCGUUUGAACGCACUUCAAGUUCUUGAAAUGUGUCACAUUUUUUGUGACACCAAAACGGUUAACUAUAGAACCGACACCAGUAAUUUGAGUGUUGUUUACUCGGGUCUUCUGCACUCAAUCACGAACGGAGAAAGAUAGCAGAACAUCGUCACAGCACGCUGUGAUUCUCUGUUUCUGUUAAUGUUUCCGUCCUUUAUGUUCCAUCUUUUCGUUUGACGUCUCCACUCAUAGACAUUUUAAUUCAAACCUGUUUAGAUGUGCCUAGGUGAAAGCUGUGUAAGUUUGUGCUCCGUCCAAUAUUUUAAUUAUUGUAAAAACGAAUCAAGUCAUUAUGUCCGAAAUUUGUAUGUAUAAUUACAGUGUAAUGUUGUUAGUCGUUCCAUCAGUCCAUGUCCAAACCUACUUGACCUAAAAACAACUUUUGAUGUGAGUAUUUUUUGUAUAACAAAUGACUUGACUACUCAAACUUUGUAUGUAAAUUGUAGUUUGCCCUGAAGAUGAGUGAAUAAACGCUCGAAACGUCGGCUUUAAUUAAAACAGUUGUUUUAUAAGCAACCCGAGGACCGAAAAUACGCCAGCAAUCGUUAUCAAAUUAUCAAAGACGGUCGUUAUUUUAUCAAU